CAAAAACGAGACCAUCCAUCUUCUUGACUGUUUCCCAGCAAUAUACUCAAGAGCCAUAGAUGAAUCCGAUUCAACAACAAAAUCUUCAUAUCCUUCUACCGACACCCACUUCGCCGCAUGAACAAUAGCUUCAAACUCAGCCUCCAGAGCCGAGCUAGCUUGCAGAGGGAAGCUAAUCGCCUGAAUCAUCUUUCAAUUUCGAUCUCUAAGGAUCGCUCCUCCAGACGCCUUGAAAGAUAAGUAUUUCGCAUCAACAUUAACUUUCCAUUGUUGCUUCGGUUUCUUCCAUCUGACAAAUUGUGGCCGUGCAUAUUUAAUCUUGAAAUUUUCCUGUAUCAAGUGUUCCUAAAAAAGAAUAGAUCCAAUUGACCGAAGCUUUAAGCCAGAUAAACUAAUUGCCCAGGAGUGAGUGUAGAGCUUUAUUUGGAUUAUGAUUUGUUCUGCAGUGACUUGAGUCUUCCCAGAUCCCCAAAUUAUAGAGGAGUAAGCUUUCCAGAUAAACCAAAGGAUAACUCCUGAAAUAUUCCUUUUAAAAACCUGAACCAAAUUUGUAACACUUUUGCCCUUCCAUUUCAUACGCAUUGGAUUAAAAUCCUGUCCAUGAGGUUUGUGAAUAUCUAGAAUUCCCCAAAAAUAAGCCCAAACCUCUGUAACCACCUUACAUUGAAAGAAAAUAUGAACCAUGUCAUCUCUAUAACUUCUGCAUAAAGGGCAUAUUGAAGGGUUUAAAACUGUUUUAAAUCUACCAAGAUUGUCAGAAGUAGGGACGAUCCCUUUAACAAUUUUCCAUUGUAUAAGUUUAAUUUUCAGCUCCUGUUUUGACUCCCAAAUGUUCUGAAAAACUUCUUGAUUGUAUGACAAUUCCCUAACCUCUUCAUAUGCAGAUUUAAAAGUAAAUUGACCAUCUUCCUCCUCAUUCCAAAUUAUAGCACCAGAGUUGUCAACAGUACAAAGAUCAGAAGCAUAGUUAUGGAUGGAGUAUAUUCUUCUCCAGAUAGGGGAAUUAGUCAGUUUAGGUAUCAUAUUUCCUCCUCGAUUGUAUCUAGCUUUAAUAAACUUUGUCCAUAGAGAAUCACCUGCUUGCCACUUCCACCAAAGUUUAAUAGCAAAGGCUUUCUCAAUAUCCCCUAGGGCCCUAAUUCCCAGUCCUCCUUCCCAAGUUGGAUAGCACAACUUAGACCAUUUUAUCCAGUGAUGCUUUUCCUUUUCAUUUGAUGAACCCCAAAAAAAUGAGGCCAUUUUCCUGUUAAGAACAGAUAUGACUUUCUUGAGAAGAUUAUCCACUGCCAAAGUAUGUAGAAGUAUGGAACUAAGAACGUGUUUUAUAAGAAUGAGCCUCCCCCCUUGGGAAAGAUUUUUCUGUUUCCAUGGUGAAAGUUUAUUCUCAAAUUACUGAAUAAUGUUCCCACAGUACUGAAACCUAUUAAUUCCUUUAUGGAGAUUUACUCCCAAGUACUUAAUAGGCAAUGAAGCAAGUUUCAUUACAAAGGAGCCCUUAAUCUUCAUUUUCUGGCUGGAGAAGAAUGACCACAGAUAAAAGAACUUUUUUCAAAGUUAACCUCCUGACCACUUGCAUUCUGAUAGGAAACCAGAAAAUUUUUGAAAUUUGAAACUGAUCUAGCUUCCCCAUUAGUAAAAAUCAACAAAUCAUCUGCAAAACCCAAAUGUGAGACAGGAAACCCAUGAUGACCCAUCCAAAAAGGCUUAAUUUUUCCCACCUCCAUUAAUCCAUUAAGACCCCUGGAAAAAGCUUUUGCUGCAAUGAUGAAUAGAAAAGGGGAAAGGGGAUCUGCUUGCUUGACCCCUCUGGUAGGCUUGAAAAAACCUUGGGGAGAGCCAUUAAUAAGAACAGAUAGGAAAGUAGCCUUGAGGUUAUUCAUGAUAAGAUGAACAAAAUGGUGACCAAAGCCAAAUUUCAGUAGGAUAGCACCCAAAAACUGCCAGGAGACUUUGUCAAAAGCUUUUGCCAUAUCAAGCUUUAUCACAAGGUUAGACCCCCUAAUCUUUUUGUCAAUGCUGUGAAUCAGUUCCUGAGCAAUUAGAAUUUGAUCAGCAAUGUCUCUCCCAGCCAUGAACCCAGCCUGUUCAAUAGAGAUGAUUCUUGGCAGAAUGCCUCUAAGUCUAGUAACCAUCACCUUGGAGCAGAUUUUGCUAAUGAAAUUAAAAUGGAAAAUAGGUCUAUAAUCACUGAAAGCUUCUGGGCUAUCAAUCUUAGGAAUCAAAACAAUCAAUGCACUAGACAUGCCCUUAGGUAUUGAAAAGCCCAUAACGAAUUCUUGCACAGCUCUAGUGACAUCCAUACCCACAAUAGACCAACAUUUCUUGAAAAAUUUACCAUGAAAACCAUCUGGCCCAGGAGCAUUAUUCUGAUUAAGUUCCCAAACAGCUGCCUUAACUUCUGAAAGAUUAGGAAGACCCACCAGUUGUUUAUUGUCUUCCUGAUUAAUGAUUUGGGGUAUGUAUUGUAACAUAUCAUCAUAGCUAACAGGAGUCUUUUCAGUGUAGAGAUCAGAGAAAAACCUGACUGCUUCAGCCCCUAUAUCAGAAAGAGAAGUAAGUACAUUUCCAUCAGCCUGCUUGAUAGAGGUAAUACUCUGUUUCUUGUGUCUGAUUUUAACAUAUGAGUGGUAGAAAUGUGAGUUACAAUCUCCUUCUUUAAUCUAGUUGAUAUGAGCUUUUUGCUUCCAAAACUUCUUUUCCAACUUGUAUUUCUGUAUCAGCAGACUUUUUUUAUGGGACCAAGCUUCUCUAUUAUUUUCGCAACGGUCUUCUUCAAAUAACUUUUCAGAAUGCAACACCUCCUGUUCACAUAAUUUGUUAUCUUCAAAAAUAUUACCAAAUACCUCUUUAUUCCACACCCAAAGUUCUUUUUUAAGAUACUGCAAUUUAGCAAUGACACCUUUCAUUCCUCCACCAGUUUUCAUAGAAUUCCAUUUGGUCUGAACAAAAUCCAUGAAGUCCUUGUGCUGAAACCACAUGUUCUGGAAUUUGAAAAUUUUUGGGCCAGAUAAGUUCAAAUUGGAACAUUGGAUAAGUAUAGGGUUAUGAUCUGAGGGUGUCUUGUUAAGAAGGGAAAUCUUUAUAGAAUCAAAUUUGUUCAGAAAAAGAUUAGUAAAGAGAACCCUAUCCAAUCUUCUCCAAACCCUACCAUUGGCCCUCACUCCUGACCAAGUGUAUUUAGGACCAUCAUAGGGCAAAUCAAUCAGGUUAAUAGACUCUAUGAUUAUCAGCUAUUUCAUUAAAAUCGCCUCCCACCAUCCAAGGCAGAUUUAUAGACAAAGAAAUAGUAGCUAAGCCAUCCCAAAGUUCUCUUCUGGUUAUAUAACUAUGCUUGCCAUACACACCAGUAAUCCAGCCUUCAAAAUCAAUACUGUGAACCUUGAAAUGAACAAAUUGUGGGUGCCAGUUAAAAUCAGAAAUUUCCAUAGCUGAGGAAUUCCAAAAAACCCAGAUUUUAUUCAAAGGAGAAGAAAGAGCAUCACUAUAACCCAGAAUAUUUUUAUAAGAAUUAAUUUUGCUGCUAUCAACAAUAGGCUCUAUGAUUAUUUAAAUUUUAAUCCUCCACUAAUGAACUAGGGAAUGAAGUCUGGUACUGGAGGAGUCCAGACCCCUAGUAUUCCAAAUGAGACAAUUCAUUUAGGCAAAUUGAUGCCCCCCCUCCCCCUUUAGUUGCACUUCUUGUAGUUCUCUUUGCCUGAGUUUCAUGAGUGGACUGUUGUUUGGAAACACUCUUGCUAUCUUUGCUUUCAUUAUCUGUUGGUCCAUGCGAGCAGUUUGUUUACCCAAGUCUCCAAGCUCAUAAACUUUGGCUACAUCUGCAUUUUGAGCUCUUUCAUGCUCUUUUUGUGUUACAAUGGUAUCAAUUUUAGAGCAAAGGUCUGAUCAGGAUGUCAUAAACUCCUCUGGGCUGACUGAAACUUCAUCCUCCCCUUCAGAGUAGUAGCCCCUGUGAUUGAGAGUAUUCUCAACAUCAAAGAGGUUUUCAAUUUCUUUGAGGUGGGUAUCAUCUUUACUCUCCUUAAUCCUUUCAGGAUUGGUAAUUGUAAGUCCUUGGAUCUCUUUUCUAGCAAGGCUUUGACUGAAUUCUUGAUGUCCAAUGUAGGUUGUUCCACCGGGUCCAGAAAGAUGUCCUCAUCUUCAGAAUCUGAGUGAAUUAUCUCAAUUGCAGCUUUGGUAGUAGACUGUUUGGGUAGCAACUCUAUCUACUACAAGGCUUCGUUCUAUUGGGGAUACGCUCAUUGAGGAGGGACUUGUGCCUAGAGAUUUCAGAAUCAAGGGUUUCAAGUUUCAUAUAAUUCACUGGAUUAAACCUACCAAAUCAUUGAAACUUAACGUGGAUGCAAGUUACUCACCUGACAGGGCAUCUGGAGGAGCUAUUUUGCGUGACUGUACAGGCAAGUUCAUCUUGGCGAUUAGUUUGAUACAGCCCAGGUCACCUAUUUCAAUAUGAAGAAUCCAGGUAACGAGAGUUGUAUUGAACAAUCAAAUAGAAAAUGCUUCAGGAGGUUGAGGAAGAAGAAAACGUUUAUUUCAUAUCCAUCCCCUGUACAGAGUAUUACAUGCAGUAUAUAUCCAUUUCGGAUUUACAAAAGCUAGCUAACAUAUCACAACUAACUUUUAACAACUUUACACGUGUCAUUUUAUUAACUAUACAGCAUGUAAUAAUAUGGCUUCCUAUUUCCGUUGAGCUAGAGCUGAUCUGGCCACUUGAUCCAACUAUAUCAACUGCAUCAAUACUCCUCCCUUAACAGUUGACUUGUCCUCAAGUCACUGAAGCAUAAAAGGUAGGAUACAAGGCCUUAAUAGAAUCUGACCACUCCCAAGUAGCCUCCUCCUUCUCCUGGCCCUUCCAUUGGAUCAGAAACUUAACUCUAGCUGCAUUUCCAUGUUUCACCAGUUGUCUCUCCAAUACAGCCUUAGGCUCCACCAAAGUCUCUUUUGCUAACCCAUGUAACCACUCUGGUAUAUGAGGCUUAGCUGGCAACUGUCCCCUGAACUCCUUCAAUUGGGACACAUGGAAGACAUUAUGAACUUUAGCCUCAGUUGGUAGGAUCAAUUGGUAAGCCACUUUUCCUACUACUUUGCUGAUCUGAAAUGGACCAUAAAACUUUGGAGAUAAUUUUUCAUUGGUCCUGAAUUCCACUGAAUUCUGUCUGUAAGUUUGUAGUUUCAACCAAACCCAAUCUCCCAACUCAAACUUCCUUUCAGAUCUAUGCUUGUCAGUUUGUACCUUCAUUCUAUUUUGUGCCUUUUCCAACUGAAAUUUUAACAUCUUAAUCAUGGCUUCCCUUUGUUGCAAUGAUCUGUCAACUGCUUCCACCCUAAUUUCACCAGGCAAGUAUGGUAAAUAUAAUGGUGGGGAUUGAUUAUACGCAGCCUCAUAUGGAGUCAUCUUGAUGGAUGAGUGAAAAGAAGUGUUAUACCACCCUUCAGCCAAUGGUAUCCACUUGCACCACUCAGCUGGUUUUUCAUUGCACAUACACCUUAGAUAGCUUUCAAGGCAUCUAUUGACUACUUCAGUCUGACCAUCUGUUUGCGGAUGGAAGGAAGUAGAUAACAACAAAUCCACUCCUUGUAUGCUGAAGAGGGCCUUCCAAAAAGUACUGAGAAAUCUGGAACCCCUAUCACUUACAAUAGUCCUAGGCCAGCCAUGUAAUUUGAACACAUUAUCAAGAUAAAUCUGUACUACCUCUACUGCUGAAAAAGGAUGCUUGAGAGUCAUGAAAUGAGCAUACUUGCUCAUUCUGUCAACUACUACAAAUAUAGUAUCCUUACCACAAGAUUUAGGCAAACCUUCAACAAAAUCCAUAGAUAUAUCCAUCCACACAUCCUGAGGAAUAGGAAGAGGUUGCAGUUUACCAGGAUAAGCUGCAUUAUCAUGCUUAGAUGCCUGGCAUACUACACAAGCCCUUAUAAAUGCAUUAACAUUUUUAUUAAUUCCCUUCCAAUAGAAUAUUUGAAGGAUCUUUUGAGUUGUUGCAUCCCUUCCUGAAUGAUCUCCCACAGCAGAAUUGUGUGCCCAAUGCAGUACUUUAUUUCUGACCAUAUCCUCUUUUCCAAUGACAAUCCUCCCUUUCUUUCUUACCACACCAUCCCUCAAAGUAUAUGAAUCAUACUUCAUGUCAGGACUAGCCUCUAAUUUCACAAUCAACUUCUGCACACCUUCAUCUCCUUGGUAGCUCCCUUUGACUAAAUCCAAUAGAUUUGAAUCCACAGAGGAUAAUGCCAAACAUAAAAGUUCAGCUCCUGUCACUCUAGAAAGGGCAUCGGCCACUUUAUUUUCCACACCACUCUUGUAUUGGAUUUCAUAUCUAAAACCCAUUAAUUUGGACAGCCAAAAUUGUUGGAAUGGAGUAGACACCUUCUGCUCUAGCAACCAUUUCAAACUUUUUUGAUCAGUUUUGAUAAUAAAAGACUGACCAAACAUGUAUUGUUCCCACUUCUGUACUGCAAACACCACGGCUAGUAUUUCCUUUUCAUAUACAGACAAUUUCUGCCACCUCAUUCCCAAAGAUCUACUAAUAAAGGCUAUUGGAUGUCCCUCCUGCAUCAACACAGCCCCUAUACCAUUAUUGGAAGCAUCAGUUUCUACAACAAACUGUUUAUCAAAGUUAGGUAAUGCCAACACGGGUGCAGUAGUUAAGGUUUGUUUGAGUGUCUCAAAAGCCUUAGUUGCUUCAUUAUUCCAGUGAAAUGAUCCUUUCUUUAACAACUCAGUAAGUGGUUUAGAAAUCAAUGCAUAACUCCUUAUGAAUCUCCUGUAAUACCCAGCCAUACCCAAGAAACUCCUAAGCUGUUUUAAAGAAGCUGGAAUAGGCCAUUUCACUAUUGAUUCAAUCUUUCUGGGAUCUGUCUCAACACCAUUACCAGAUAUAUAGUGCCCCAAAUACUCCACUUUCUGAAUCCCAAAAGCACAUUUGCUCAUCUUAGCAUAUAGCUUAUGUUGUCUUAAUACCUCAAACACCUGUUGGAGAUGAAUCUUAUGUAACUCCAAGUUAGGGCUAUAUAUUAAAAUGUCAUCAAAGAAUAUCAAGACAAACUUUCUCAAAAAAUCCUUGAAUAUAUGAUUCAUGAAAGCUUGAAAAGUAGCUGGUGCAUUUGUCAACCCAAAUGGCAUAACUAGAAACUCAAAAUGCCCACAAUGAGUUUUAAAUGCUGUUUUGAACACAUCAUCUUUAUGUACCCUCAACUGGUGAUACCCAGCUCUCAAAUCAAUUUUGGAAAAAAUCUGUGCUCCUGAUAAUUCAUCAAUCAACUCCUCCACUACUGGAAUAGGGAAUUUAUCUUUUAUAGUCUGGUUAUUCAAAGCUCUGUAGUCUGUACACAUCCUCCAGUCACCAUCUUUCCUUCCUACCAAUACCACUGGUGAAGCAUAGGGUGAAGCACUUGGUUGAAUGACAUCUUUCUGCAGCAACUCAUUAACUUUUUCUUCAAUGAUGUCCUUUUGCUUGAGGGGAUAUCUGUAGGGUCUCACAUUUACAGGUUGAGACCCUUCUUUCACAGGGAUUCUAUGAUCAAACACUCCUCUACUUGGUGGCAAUCCCUGUGGCUCUGCAAAUAUAUCCUCAUACCUUUUAAGCAACCCUUGCAAGACUUCUGGAAUAACAUGAUCUGCUGAAUCAUGAGCCAUGUUGAUGCCAAAAUGUGUCUCCACUUGCUCCUCUUUAUUAUCAACAUUCUGACUGUAGCACUGGAUCAUGUAUAAAUGAUUAACGUGUUUCAUCUGCUUCUUUGUCCCUUGCAUAGCCCUUAUUUCUCCAUUUUUCUGUCCCUUUAACACCACUUUAUGACCCUUGUGUUCAAAUUUCAUGCAUAACUCUUGGAAAUUCCACUUUAUUUCUCCCAAUGUACUCAACCAUUGAACUCCCAAUACUAUGUCGUAACCUCCCAGUGGUAACACCAAUAUGUCUCCAGUAAAGAAUGUGUCCUGCAUCUUCCAUGUAAAAUUUUUACAAACAUAGUUACAUUCAGUAUGGGAACCAUCUGCCACUGCUACUGACAUAGUAUCCACUUUAUGUAGCCUACAUCCCAACUUCUUAGCCAUGUUGAGGCUUAAGAAAUUGUGUGUACUUCCUGAAUCCACCAAAAUCAGCACCUUCUUCUUAUCCACAUAACCUGUCAGCCUCAUGGUUCUAUAAUCCAAAUACCCAUUCAGAGCAUGAAAAGAUAUAAGUGGUUCCUCCUCUUGCAUAACAAACUCACUGACACUUUCCUGCCCAACCUUUUCUUCUUCUGCACUUCCCUCAAUCUCCACUAGGAAUAACUGUGUACCUUUGUGACUGCAAACAUGCUCCCUACUAUAAGGUUGGUCACAAUAGUAACACAAUCCUUUGGCUCUUUUUUCAGCCCUCUCACUGGCAGAUACAAACUUUCUUGGUGUUGGAGUAGCAAUGUUUUUAUUUAUAGGAAGUUUAAUAUUUGAAAUAGGUGUAGGGAGUAUAGGUUUGUGUAGGCUCAUUUUCUGUGAACUACCAGCUUUAGAUUGCAUAGUAAUGGCUUCUACUGUGUCUUCUUGCAAACUGGCAAAUUCUAUAGCCUCUGCUAUAUUCUUCGGAUUAAAAGCCUUAACAAAAGAUUUGAGAGUAGGCUUUAGAGCAGCUAAGAAACAAUCUAAAAAGUAACUCGCUGGUAGUUUAGGAUUUCUCUGAACCAUUGCAGCCUUGAGGGAUUCAAAUUCAUCUAUAAAAGUCUCUAAAGAUCCUGUUUGUUUCAAUGUAUUAAAUUUUUCCACCGUUUUAGUGUUAGAAUUAUCAUUGAAUCUAGCAGUCAGAUCUCUUAUAAAUUUUUUCCAAUUCAACCUUUUAUGAGAUGAUACAUAACUUCCAAACCAACUGGCAGCCCUUCCUUCUAGGUAUAAUGAAGCUAGAUUGAUCCUUUGUUUCUCAGGAAUAUUACAGAGUUGAAAAUACCUUUCACACUUCUGGAUCCAACGCUUCACAUUCUGCCCCUCAAAAGUAGGAAAUUCUACUUUCGGAAUGAAUCUGAAUGUUUGUUGGUUGCGCGUGAGAGAUUUAUCCUGUUCGUCAUUAUCCUCUUCCUCAGAAGAUACUUCAUCAUCUUUAUCAUAUUCAUGCUCAUCUUCCGAUUCUUCUGAACGAACAUUCUUCUUUUUCUGCAUCUCUACUACUUUUGCCAUGAUUUUAUUCAUCAUUUCCAUCAAGAUUUUAUUCUGAUUUUCGAGUUUCAGAUCAAACUCGAUUUUCAUAUUUCUCAGAACUUCGUCCAUGUCGGCAUUAGCUUUCCUCGUAUUCACCAUACUUCACCUUCUGCGAACUCUUCGCAAAUGAUUUCAAUGGAAUUACAACAGCCGUGAAUGAAUUAUUCGAAUCCACAAAGGUCUCUGAUACCAAUGAUACAGCCCAGGUCACCUAUUUCAAUAUGAAGAAUCCAGGUAACGAGAGUUGUAUUGAACAAUCAAAUAGAAAAUGCUUCAGGAGGUUGAGGAAGAAGAAAACGUUUAUUUCAUAUUCAUCCCCUGUACAGAGUAUUACAUGUAGUAUAUAUCCAUUUCGGAUUUACAAAAGCUAGCUAACAUAUCACAACUAACUUUUAACAACUUUACACAUGUCAUUUUAUUAACUAUACAACAUGUAAUAAUAUGGCUUCCUAUUUCCGUUGAGCUAGAGCUGAUCUGGCCACUUGAUCCAACUAUAUCAACUGCAUCAUAGUUUUCCACUGCAAGCUCAAUCGGCUAUUGAUGCUGAGCUACAGGCGAUUUUCUACGCUGUGAGAUGGAUGCUCAACGAAGGCUUUGUUUGCUUCCAGAUAGAAUCCGACUCUGCCCAAGCUCCAAUAUCUUGCGGGCAAACAUGAAAGAAGAUGGACGGGUCAAAUUCAGGAAAUAUCACUUGAAGCGAAUAGGAAACAACUCUCUUUUUAUCAUACGAAAAGGGAGGUCAAUUGGGCUUCACAUCACUUGGCCCAGGUCCAGGAUGAUUCCUUUAAAGUUUAUACCGGUUUCGAUCAGCUCCCGAUCUUAGCUAAAAGGGCUUUUUGGAUGGAUUUUUUUGGUAUUCCUUCUUUUAGAAUAUAAGGUUUGGUUAUUUUUUGUUUUAAUAGGGGUAAGGUUUGGUCUCUUUGUUUCUUUUUUGUUAAUGAGGUUUUUGGUUUAGUCCCCCUCAUUUUUGUAAUCCGCUACUCAUUAAUAAAAUUCUGGUAUCUGACUCCCGACAUUUACCCCACUGAUUUUGGUGGUUUACCUUCCGGGAUAAAAAAAAGAUACGGGGUAUAAGAUAAGCAAAUAAUAACUGAUUGGGAGAAUUUCCCCUCUCAUAUUUUCUAUCUCAAGACACUUUAAGCUUAUGCAAAGACAUUUUUCUAUAAUUGUCACAUAUGUGGUGACAAUCAAUAAAUUUCUAGCUCUAUCACUGGAAAAAGAAGAAAUUUUUCUACCUAGACAUAUUUUAGUCAUUUAAAGCUUUAUAUGUAUGGCGUUAUCGAGAGAAAAUAUGGAUUGAUGAUUUUAAUACAUUAUAAGAAGAGAAAAGCAUUAGAUGUUGCCACUAAAAAUUCUCUUUGAAGUAGUUUUUCAAAACUCUAACAAUUAAGUUCAAUACUUUAUUAUUUGUUGCCCACAAUGCUAAUUAUUACGUAUCAAUUUCUAAUGGAUAGUGUUGAUUUCUUUACUUUAAUUUUCUUUUACUUUGAAUAUUUGUGAUAUUGAUUUAUACUUUUUGAUAUUAACUUAUUUUACUCCAUUUUUUAAAUGAUAUAGAAUUGUAAAAAAAUCAUUUUUAUAUUUAAUUAGAUCAUGAACAAAAAUAUAUAAGGACCAACUAUUUUUUCCCGUGCGUAUGCACGGGUGCUGUGCUAGUUUAUAAUAAAGAUAACAUAUGCUUACCUAUUCUAGUGUAAAUUUAAAUAAAUGCAAAAACAAUUAUAGAAUCAAAAUGAGAAAAUUAAGAGUUGUGUUUUGAUUAACCUUAUUUAUUUUUGUACUACACACAUUUUUUCGGUCUAUUAGCCUUUUAUUUUCUUUAUAUUUUUGAGAGUUAUUUAUUUAAUGCAUUUAUAGUUAUAAAAUGGUAAAAACAUAACUAGUCAUAUUGUGUGAAUAGGCAUGAACUUUAGCAAUAUAUAGAUAAAUUUUGUUGGUCCCGUUUUAAAUGGGAACAGUCUAGAGGGGGGGGGGGGGGGGGUGAAUAGACUGUUCAUGAUUUUUCAAACUUUUCUCUAAGUCACAACUGACUUAUCAGAGAUGGUCGAAUUCUGGUGACAGAGAAGGUCAAGUUCUGAUGGCAGAACUGGACCUGGCAGCGGAUUGGUUUCUGUCCGGGUAGCCUCAGAAAACACUAAGGCAAGUGCCUUUCUGAUAACUCUUAAGGGAGAUCUACUGAACACAGAGUCCAACCUUUUGAGUUAAACAGUCAAGUUCUUAAGUGCAGAAUUAAAUAAGUAAAGUAAAUGACACCGGGGAUUUUUAUAGUGGUUCAAGGAACAACUUGUUCCUCUAGUCCACUGUUCCACUAAGCUUGCAAAAACAACAGUUUACAAUGCCUUAGUCCCUAGAACUUAAGAAGCACUCCACGUCUUCUUCAAGCAUAUUUGCCCCCGGGAUGCAGUCCUGCUUCCUGAUGGCUGGUCUCGUUUCACUGAGUCUCUUGGAAGUAUCCCCACUUCACUUACUCCAGUUAGUUUGAGACGACCCUUCUUUUUCAAGAAGUGUUUGAUUCAAGAUCAGUUUUCUCCAACGUUGCUUCUUCACAAAGGAUGUGUAGAUGAUGCUUUCGAAGUGUUGAAGAACUGAAGAAAGCUUGAAGGUCUUUGGUUCAGAGCAAAUAAGUUGAGAAAAGUUGUGUAGCAAAAGUUAUCCUGGCAGUUCUUCAAAGUGUAUCUUAUAUACUGAGAGCAGUCUUCCCGUUGGAGUGUAGAAGACAGCUUCAUUGAAUGCUUGUACUGUUGAUUUGACCGGUUGGACCUUCGACUUGCUAUUUUGGGGGCAUGAAGAUUCCCGCAUGGUCAAUUAUCAGCUUUAAAUAUAUCUUAGUACGUACAACAUUAAUUGAGAAUUUAAUGCGUGUACAAUACCAUGUUCCCGUCGAAUGGCUCCUAGCCAUUAGAGGAUUUCCCGUUAGUUUCACGGUCGUUGGUAAGUGCCUUCGAGUUCUGCUAAGUAAGAGCAAGUCUGAUGAGGCUUUCUGAUCCGAACUCUGAUGACUGCCUCUGAUGCCAACUCUGGUACCCAACUCUGGUAGCUUCUCUAGAGAGCAACUCUGAGAGCAACUCUGGUAGAUAUUCUGAUCAAGAAGGCCAAGAGGGUUUCUGGCAUGUCGACUAUGCUAAUACUUACAAAGAAAUUUUUCUAAUACAAAAAUUCUAUAGGGGUACUUUCAAAUUCUAAUAAACCUAGCAUCAUCAAAAUCUAAUUACAUUUAUUCCUUACAAUUUCCCCCUUUUUGAUGAUGCCAAAACCCUUUAACUAUUUCCAGAGAAGUGCCUUUCACCAUAAAAGAAUAAAGUUAAAAACUUUCAUUAAAAUCUUGGUGGGCAACUUGAUAUAGGAAAAUAGUAAGAGUACAGUACAAUCAGAUAGCAAUAAAAGGAAUUAAGGUAUCAGAGCAAACGAAAGGAAAACACAGAAAGUAAAGAAGAACAGAUAAUUUAAGAUGCCAUGCAAAUUAGAGGCAGAGAUGGUAUCUUAUUAUCAGAGAGUUAAAUACAGAAACAGAGAUGGAAGAUUAAGUUUCUUCUUCAUCUACCUGGGGUCCUGCUUUGUCAAUCCUCUCAAGUUCUGCAUUGACCUUAGCUCUGAUUGAGGCUAAGUCCCUUGGAUUCUGAUAGUCUGCCCAGUGAGGUGCAAGCUUGCAAUCCAAGUAGUUUCUGAUUGCUUCUGAUAUGUUUUUGCCAGCUAGAACUCUCAUAUGCCACCAUAUUUCAGCUUUUUGUAUUGAUCCACCAUGGUUGAUUUGGACAAGUCCAUCACUGUCCAUAAACAAAUUUUCUUGUUGUAGUGGAGUCAUAAGCUUCUUCAUUUGAGUAAAUUGAUCUCUGUCAGGUCUAGACAUCCCACUCUUCAUCCACUCGUUAAAUGUAAAGUUUGAGGACUUCUUCUUUGAGCUUCUGGGAGGUGGAGGAGGAGGUCUGGUGCCUGUAGUAGCUAGCUUUUUCUUCUUUGCAGCUUCGGAGUAAGGAGCAGGAUCAAUAGUAGAUGAGGGUCCUCUGAUAGAUAGGGCUCUGGAGCUUGGACCUUCCUCUUCUCUGGUCUCUUCCCCUUUUUGGCCUCAACAAGAUCACCAAGGAGGAGCUCAAUCAUAGAGAACUCUGAAGCCCGAGCAUCUCUGAUCUAAUCUAGAGCUUCUGGCAGAGUUUGGGUAAUAGAGGCCAGUCCUUCAAUCAGGCUCUGUUGUCUCUCCAUGGUUGAUUGGAUGCUCUGGGUACUGGCUUCAAGGAGUACCAACUUCUGGUAUUGCUCCUUGUCCUUUUGAAGAAGAUCAGAGGCUUGCGCUUUGUGUUCUGUACAAAGAGUUCCUAUCUCCAUAAAGCGCUCUGAGGACUGAUCAGCAUUCCAUUGUAGAAUGUCUAAGGCUUCAGUUAUCUCCUUCAGUGUCUCGUUCUGAUUAUUUAGAGAUUGGGAGUGGAAGUAGAGGACAGAGUUGAUUCCAUCUACUUCCUUGGAGACUGCAUCAAUCUUGUUAUUGGAUGAGUUCAUGAAUGCGUGCAGGGACUCUGUUAGAGAGUCAAGCUUUUCUGAUAGCUGCUUUAAGCCUUGGUUGAGAUUGAUAUUGGUGUGAGUCAGAUGUUCAUAAUGCUUGUCGUUUAUGACUAUAAGCUUGUUCAUGUUGUCCAGCAUCUGACCACUGAACUCUUCUACAGAUUGCACAAACUGGUUGAAGUCUAUCUGAAGCUCUUCUGGAGUAAAUCCUUGCAUCUCCAAACCACUUCCCUUAGGGAAUGGAGUGUUGUCGUCAGUGUUUUUAGGAGAAAGAUCUCUAGGAGGUGUCUUCCUCCUUUUAGAUGUGAAAUCAGCCACAAGAGAGGAUGUGAGGAAUCCAUCAUUGUCAGCAUUUGAGGAUAAUAUGCGGAUGGGAAUCUUUCUCUUGGGCGUUGAGGCUACAGAGAGUUGAGGAGAGAUUUGUGGUGUGGCAGCUCUGGAGUUGGACUUGGGUUUCUGCUGAGGGGGUGAGUUCUGGUGAGAGGGGGUUUUCUGUUGGGGAGAGUUCUGAUGAAUAGGGGGUCUCUGAUGAGAGGAGCUCUGGUGGGUGAUGGAUUUCUGAGGUUUAGGAGAGGGUGGUGGUGAGGGUGAGCGGUUUCUGGGAGGUGUAGGUUGUUUGCAAGGUGAUGGAGAGUUUGAUUUGGACUUCUGUGGUGUUGGAUUUCUGGUGGGGGAUGGUGGAGGAGAAGAGGUUUUCUGUAGUGAAGGGGCUUUCUGUUUGAGUGGAGAUAGGGAUUUUGUAGGUGAUUUGGGAGGUGAGGGGGAUCUGGGUGUAGAGAUUUUAAGUGGGGGUGAUUGAUGUGCAGUAGAAGAUUUGGGAGGGGAAGGAGGAGUUGUAUGGAUUACCUCAAGAAUAGUUUCUGAGAACAAGGAUUCUCUCCAUUCCUUGAUCAGCUUUUCCAUUGUCAGAGGAAAGUCAUUUGCAGUGGAGGGUUCCCCUUCUCCAUGAGCGCUAUGACGGAAUUUGAUAAGAGAUUCUUUUCUUUUCUUUUCUAUUAGCCAUUCAUCAAAGACUGCCAUUUCAUGCUCCUCCAGGGCUUUGACAUGCUCUUCUGGAGAUGAUGAAGUUAGAGGUGCUUUAGCUUGAUGUUUCUCUUUCUUUUUCUGCAGAACAGAGAUGAGAAAGGCAAGAUCAAAGCACUGGGACACAUUUUCUGUGCCUACCCAGUGAAGAACUGCAGCUUCUUUUGCCUCAUAGCUGUCAAAAUAUUGUAUUAUUUUCUCGAGUGGCCCCAUCCUCCAUCUUCUCCAGGCUAAGACUCUCUCAAACUGCUUCUGAAGUAUUGUAUUGAAGUCAGUCUCUGGUGCUCUGUCAGAGAUGACUUGAGGUUCUGGUAGAUCAGCAGUGAUGGGCAAGUCUGGUACAGAAGAGGGUUGUGCAACAGGUUCAGGUUCCCCCUGAGUUUCUGAUCCCUUUGCAGGUGAAACUGUUUUCUUUUUCUUUUUCUUCAUGGGUUGGAGACCAGAGUUGUCAGAGUCCUCACUCUGAACAACUAUCUUCCUUCUCCUUUUCAUCUUCUGCUUCUUAGCAGGAGAAGAUCUGAUUUGCUUUGGGGGAGCCAACUCUGAUGCGCCCAUCUCUGGUGCAUCCAUUUCUGGUAAAAUCCUCCUGUCAUUCUUCUUCUUCUUCCUGACAUCCCUUGCAACCUGCGACUGCUCAGAUUGUUCUGAAGUCACAGUGGGCUUCUUGGAGGUCUUCCUGGGAACAGGUUUGGGUUUCACAGCCUGUUGCUCCCUCUUUUUCUCUAGCCUUUCCUCUCUUUUCAACUCAGCAGAUAUGGCUAUAUUCAGCUUAGGAGAUGCAGUAAGGAAGAUGGUUUUGGAGUGGUCAACUGGGGAAGGGUCCCUGAGUUGAACUCCAUGGGCAGUGAGGAUGGCAGAGAGAAGAAGACCAUGGCCCAUCUUGGUUGAAAAAGGCCUGUUUUCUGAUCCCUCUUCUUGAUAAAUUCAGUUAAAGAACCGAAAAUUACCUCGCCCCAGUUUAUAUUCAUUCCAUGGCGAACAGCAAAGAUUGCUUUGCAGUUGGCUUUGUUUAUUUCGUCAGUUGAGCCAGUUUUGCACCACAAGCUCCUAUGCAAGAUGCUGACCAGCUUCUCAUAGUCCUUCUUCAGUAAGAACUUCUUCAUGUACAACUUGUCUAGGUUGGCGGCCUCAGGGUGGAAGUAGGUCUGUGCAAAUGCUUCUACAGAGACAUCCACUGACUCCAGGUCAAUGAGAGUAGGGCUUUCAGGGUCUUGAGAGUCCAGUUGGACUCCAAAGAAUUCGUUGAGGGCAUCUGCAUUGAGAGCGAUGCUUUUUCCCUGCACCUGGGAGUGAACUCCGUUCUUGGUGAUGGUGGCGUUCAGGUAGAACUCAGCCACAUCUUUGGUGCUGAACAGUUCAUAAGGAUGAGCAACAACCUUGCUCAGUUGAGACUCGUUCAUCCCUUGGAUGAUCUUUUCCAUCCGUUUCUGGUUCUCUACUAGUAGCGGUAGAGCUGACAUGUCCACCUUCAUGCCAGUCACAAUGUUAGCAACAAUGGCCUUGGCUUCCUCCUUAGUGAGGUCAUUUACGUUUAUGAAGUUCAUUUUCUGAGAGAUUUUUGAAAGAUUCUGGAGAUUUAGGAGUUCUGAGGGGGUUAAAGGUUUUAGAGCAAAUAUACGUUUAGAGAGAUGAAGUAUCAGUAGCGGUUUAGGUUGAAGAAGGUGGGUUAAAUGGUUUUGGGUUAGUGGACGUUUGGGAUUAUUUAUGGUUUUGAGGUAGCAUUUAAAGAAAUGCGGGCGGAAAACGUUUCCAUUAAAGGAAUAAUAAUCAGGGGUAAUCUGGUAAAAGACCUGUUCAAGUUAAAAGGUCUUGCCCGUUCCUCGAAAAAUAACUAAGUCCACAAGGGUCUCUGAUGGACUUUAGAUAAGGAUCCCUGUAUCAGAGAAUGUGGUUCUCUGAUGAAGGGUACUCUGGUGAUCAGAGAUGGAGGUACUCUGAUGUGAGGUUCUCUGUUCCAGAAGGCAGUUCUGGUCCACAGCAACUCUGGUUCAUGCAUCUCUGGGAGGAUCAUCCAUCAUUCCCAGUUCUUCCCUUAGCUUGUUAAACCUUGCCUCAGGUAAAGGCUUGGUUAGUAUAUCCGCUAGCUGAUCUUCUGUAGGUACAUGCUCCAUACAAAUAUGUUUCUUCUCCACAUGAUCUCUGAUGAAGUGAUGUCUGAUCUCAAUGUGCUUUGUCCUGGAAUGAAGCACUGGAUUCUGAGUGAUUGCAAUGGCACUUGUGUUGUCACAGAGCAGCUUAAUCUCCUUUUCUUGAAUUCCAUAGUCCUUCAGUUGUUGCUUCAUCCAGAGUAACUGAGCACAACAAUUCCCAGUUGCAAUGUACUCAGCUUCUGCUGUACUGGUUGAGAUUGAAUUCUGCUUCUUGCUAAACCAGGAGACAAGUCUCCCACCUAGCAUUUGGCAGUGACCAGAGCUGCUCUUCCUGUCUAACCUGCAACCUGCAAAAUCUGAGUCAGAGUAACCAAUUAGUUCAAAGUUACCUCCCUUGGGAUACCAUAGGCCUGCAUUUGGAUUUCCUUUGAUAUAUCUGAUGAUUCUUGUAGCAGCGCUUAGAUGGCUCUCCUUGGGCUUUGAUUGGUAUCUGGCACAGAUUCCAACAGAGAAUGAGAUAUAUGGUCUGCUUGCAGUUAGAUAGAGGAGAGAUCUUAUGAUUCCUCUGUAGGUGGUUGCAUCGACAUCUUUUCCUUCAUCAUCUGGACCAAUUCCUUGUGAAGUGUUCAUGGGAAUCUUUACUGAGGAUUUGUCUUCUACUCCAAAUUUUUUGAUCAGGUCUCUGGUAUACUUCCCUUGAUUGAUAAAGAUUCCUUCUGGAAUUUGAUUGACUUGUAGUAGGGCUGCACAUAAAUUCCCUGAACCCGCAAAACCCGGCCGCUCCGACCCUACCCGGCCGACUUUAGUCGGUUAUUGGGCCCAUAAAAAAUGUUGUGGGUUUAUUUUUUAAAAACCCGUACAUUUGGGUAGGGUUACGGGAUUCCCUUGAAAACCCCGAUAACCCCCCGACCCGGCCGCCUAAAUUAACUUCCGUACAUGCGCCUCUAUUCCUCUAACUCUCUAAGCCCCUAAGUCCGAAUUUCAGAAUAUGUAGAGGCGGCCCGGAUUUUUUGUUCUCUGGCAACUUUCCGAUUCCCACCUCUUCGAUGCUCUCAAACUUUAAUUUGCUUCGACCCUUCGAUUCUCAAAAUAUGAGAGCUUCAAUCUUCGCAAUAGGCUCAGGAUGUUUUACCUAUUUAUAUGCAUCCAACAGCCCUAAGCCCCUAGUUCGAUUUUCAUCCUUUCUCUGGCAGUCAAGACUCAAGAACUCAGAAUCCUUCAAGAAGAGUUGAUUAGUGAGCUACGAAAAGAGGUAUGCACCCAGUACCCACCCAUAUGCUUCGUGAAUCUGACACUUAGUUGGUUUACAAUUUUAUUCUUUUCUUAAUUAUUAUUUAUUUCAUAUAAUUCAGGAAUUUCUUUCAUUAUUUUUGUGUAGAUGGAUUCACUUGAUGUGUCUGAUUCAGUUAAUUUAAGCUUAGAAACAAUAGACACACCCAGCCCUGCAAAUCUCACCCCCUCUGAGAAUCAAACCCCCCCUCCCGUUCAAGUCAGUGAUGUUGAGGUAGAAAAAGGAUCUUCAGGGAAAAAAAAUCUUACCUUUGGAGUCAUUUUACUCUCAUUCCGGGGAGGGAUCCAGAAGACCCUAAGUGCUCUUGCAACUAUUGUGGAGCAGAAUACAAAUGUCACAGUAGGAAGCAUGGUACUAGUAGCAUGAAAGUUCAUUUUGAGCAUCAAUGUAAAAAAAAUCCACACAAAGUCCAGGAUAAGAAACAAAAAUGCUUGAGCUUUGACAUAGCUGGAAAUGGUGGUCUGACUGCUGUAGGAUUCAAUAAAGAUAAUUGCAGACUAGUGUAAUACCCGAGAUUAAUUUAAGAGGAUUAAUAGUACUACUCAUACCAACAAGAUGCAUCUCCUUUUAAGGGAGCUCAUCACCCAAGAACUUCAAAGUUAAGCGUGCUUGCACGGGAGUAGUCUUGGGAUGGGUGACCCCCUGGGAAGUUUCUCGGGGCGUGCACGAGUGAGGACAAAGUGCGCAGAAAAGGCUAGUGGCGGUUUGUGAGGACAGUACUAGAGGUCUGGAGUAACUACCUCGGGGCCUACGGGGCCGGGGUGUUACAAAUGGUAUCAGAGCAACCCUGCGACAGUGUGCUGACCCGUUGGAUAUCAGGCGGGCACUUAGCGGGGCAAGAUUCUGGGGUUUGAUUGAGAUUGGUUUAAGGACGCAACGAGGACGUUGCGAUCCUAAGUGGAGGUGAUUGUAAUACCCGAGAUUAAUUUAAGAGGAUUAAUAGUACUACUCAUACCAACAAGAUGCAUCUCCUUUUAAGGGAGCUCAUCACCCAAGAACUUCAAAGUUAAGCGUGCUUGCACGGGAGUAGUCUUGGGAUUGGUGACCCCCUGGGAAGUUUCUCGGGGCGUGCACGAGUGAGGACAAAGUGCGCAGAAAAGGCUAGUGGCGGUUUGUGAGGACAGUACUAGAGGUCUGGAGUAACUACCUCGGGGCCUACGGGGCCGGGGUGUUACAACUAGCUUUAGCAAAAAUGAUUGUCAUGGAUGAAUUGUCUUUUAGAUUUGUUGAGGGUGAAGGAUUUAUGAAGUUCUGACAAGUAAUGCAGCCUAGAUUUGUUAUCCCUUCUCGUAUGACUGUUGUUAGGGAUGUAUAUAAGCUAUUUUCUGAUGAAAAGAAAAAACUCCAGGCUGAGAUAAAGAAGCAAAACCAGAGAGUAUGCUUGACCACAGAUUGUUGGACCUCUUUGCAAAAUAUAAACUAUAUGUGCUUAACUGCUCACUACAUUGAUGUUGAAUGGAAUUUGUGUAAAAAAGUUUUAAACUUUUGUCAAAUUUCUAGUCAUAAGGGGGAGUUAGUUGGUAAGGUCAUUGAAUCUUGUUUGCAUGAUUGGGGCAUUGAUAGAGUUUUAACAAUUACAGUUGAUAAUGCCUCUUCUAAUGACACUAUGAUUGCAUUCUUGAAAAGAAAAUUGAAUAGCUGGAAAGGUUCUGUUUUGGGAGGGGAGUUUAUGCAUAGUAGGUGUUGUGCUCACAUCAUUAACCUAAUUGUGAGUGAGGGAUUAAAAGACCUUCAUGAUUCGAUUUCUGCAAUUCGUAAUGCGGUGAGGUUUAUCCGAAGUUCUCCAGCUAGACUUUCAAAAUUUAAAGCAUGUGCUGAGAGGGAAAAAAUUGAGUUCAAUGGGCUGUUAGUGUUAGAUGUACCCACUAGGUGGAACUCUACAUACCUAAUGUUGGAAUCAGCCAUUAAAUUUCAAAAUGCAUUUGAGAGGUAUGAAGAUGAAGAUGACAAGUAUUUGUCUUAUUUUGGUGAGGAGGAAGGUGGGAAAAAAAAGAAAGGCCCUCCAACUUACACUGAUUGGGAGAUUGCAGCAGUAUUUGUCAAGUUUCUGAAAGGGUUUUAUAACACUACAUUGAAGUUUAGUGCAACCUUAAAUAUCACAUCAAAUGCCUACUUCCAUGAGCUAUGUGAAAUGCAAAGUCAGCUCACAUACUUAAGCAAUCAUAAGGGCUCUCUACUUUCCAAGAUGGCUGCUAGCAUGGAGAAAAAAUAAUGUUAAUUGUUAAUUGUAUUCUGUUGGUGGCGGUAGUACUUGAUCCUAGGUUUAAAAUGGAAUACUUGACUCACUGCUUUAGCUACCUUUUUGAUCAAGGAUCUCCCGUUCAUGAAAUCUUCCCUAAAAAGGUGAAAGAUACGUUGUAUCGUUUAUUUGAGUUCUAUAGUGGUUUCGGGUCGGAAAAUGGGGUAAAAGAUAGCAACCAUGGUGAAGGAAUUGCAGGUAUGAGUGCUGAUGAUAGUCUGGAAGGGAGAAACUGUCUAUGGGGCUCUUUUGCUCAAAAGAUGAAGCAGAAGAAUGAAAAUGAUUUCAAGAAUGAGAUUUAAAGAUACUUGGCAGAUCCAGUUGAAGAUCCAACAAUUGAUAAUUUUGAUCUAUUAUCUUGGUGGAAGCUAAACUGUUCCAAGUUCAACGUUCUUUCACAAAUUGCAAGAGAUGUUCUGGCUAUUCCCGUGUCAACAGUAGCUUCUGAGUCAGCCUUUAGCACUGGUGGCCGAAUCUUAGAUCCAUUUAGGAGCUCAUUGAGUCCCAAGACAGUGGAAGAGUUGAUAUGCACUCAAAAUUGGCUUCGAGGUUCUCUUCCUGCUGAAAGCAUAGACCUUGAGAAGAUGGAGGCAUAUGAUAUUGCAGAUUUAGGUGGAUCUUCUUUGGUUGACAAUGGUGAAGCAUUUUCUGGAGAUGUUGGAGCUAGAGGAUGUUGAACAUCAUUGUUUUUUGCUGCAGCACACAUGGAUGGAUUGUUUUGAUUUUUCUUUUUUUGCUUAUUAAAACUGGAUUAUCUCAAUUAUGGAGAUGCUUUUGUGGCUUAUUGGCUUUUAUGCUUUUGCACUUAUCUUCAGUAGUGCUUGUUUUUUUGCUUACUGUUACAAGCAUCUCUGAACUUCUUCUUUGGCUAUUAAUUUAAUCAAAUGUUUUGCAGGCUUAUUUUUGUUUCUCCAUCUAUGAUUUAUGUAUUCAGAAUGCUUCUUUGAUUAGUUCAACUAUAAGUUUUGAUUA